AUGACACUGCCUCCCGGGUUCCAAGCUACUCAACCUAAUCAGGUCUGCCGGUUACUUCGUUCCCUAUACGGCUUGAAACAGGCCUGCCGUCAAUGGAACACAAAACUUACUGCUGCCUUAGUAGACACUUGUUUCACACAAUCGAAGUCAGAUCCUUCACUUUUCACUAAGGGCUUUGGUUCAUCAUUCAUUGCCCUUCUAGUUUAUGUCGAUGAUAUUUUGGUUGCCAGUGGAGACAUCAAUCUUAUUCAUGAUCUGAAACACUUUCUGGACACUACUUUUAAAAUAAAGGACCUAGGCAGCUUGGGUUUUUUCUUUGGCAUCGAGGCAAACAGGUGUAAGUCUGGCUUGAAUUUAUGUCAGCGCAAAUACACCUUGGACAUUCUACAUGAAGCUGGUUUCAUCGACUGUAAACCGGCUAGUACUUCGAUGGUUCCUGGCCACCAUUUGAUGCAUGGAGAUAGUGAGGCCCUGAAAGAUGUUGGUUCCUACCGACGAUUAGUGGGGAGGUUGCUUUACCUCACAGCUACAAGGUCUGACAUUAGCUAUGCCGUUCAACAACUAAGCCAAUUCAUUGAUGCCCCGACUGAGAAACAUCUCGUAGCUGCUCAUCGUGUGUUGCGCUACAUCAAGGCUGCACCCGGCGAAGGCAUUUUCUAUCCAGUAAACAAUCCCAUACAGCUGAAAUCUUUCUCAGAUUCCGAUUGGGCCUCUUUCAUGGAGACUCGUAAAUCCAUAACCGGCUACUGUGUCUUCUUCAGCAAUGUUCUUGUUUUUUGGAAGUCAAAGAAGCAGGCUACAGUUUCGAAGUCCAGCUUCGAAGCAGAGUAUCGAGCUUUAGCCACCACUGUAUGUGAAAUUCAGUGGCUUCACUCUCUGCUCCAAGAUCUACAUGUCCAGUUAAUGAAGCCUGCUACCUUAUUUUGUGACAAUAAGUCCGCUGUGGCGAUAGAUGAAAAUCAUGUUUUUCAUGAACGUACCAAACAUAUCGAGAUCGAUUGCCAUGUCAUUCGUGAAAAAGUCUCCCAAGGCUUCAUCAAGCUCCUCUCCGUCUCUUCUGAUAAUCAGGUUGCCGAUGGGUUUACAAAGCCUUUGCCUAUUUCUCCGUUUCUUUACAUAUACACAGAUCAGAUGAACAGGGAUUAG